AUGAGCUCUGAAAGGGUCUCGGACGAAGUGUGCCUCCGGUACGAACCAGUGGAGGUUCUCGGCGUUGGGAGUUUUGGUACGGUGGAGAAGUGCACGGUACAUGCAGGGGACGAACAGUUGCCUGGAUUUGUGGCUCGGAAGACAAUCUCUUGGGGCGAAGGCAGCAGUCUCAACCAGGAGGAGGUUCUCUAUGAGAAGGAGGCUUUGGAAGGCAUCGCCCCUCACGACGGCAUUGUUCAACUUCUGGAUAGUUGGGUGAGCGAGACCGAGCUCUAUCUAGUCUUCGACUACUGCGAGAACAGUGAUCUCCUUAACUACGCUAGCGCGCAUCCACUUGACAAUGAUACGCUCUGGUCUAUCCACGUACAGGUCAUGGAGAUUAUCAGACAUAUUCAUAGUCAAGGUUACAUCUUCUUCGACGUAAAACUAGAGAACAUUCUGGUUGUGGAGGCGAAUCCGAUUAAGGUCAAAUUCGCGGACUUCGGCGGCGCAUGCCCUGUGGAAGAGCUAGGCUUACGACCUCUCCUCUCAAGUCGCGUAUACGCAGCCCCCGAGAUACGCAACCCCAGGCUGUGGCCUACGAUUGGUCCGGAAUGCGACUACUUCGCCUGGAACAUCAGUCUGUUUGUUUUGGCGGUCACUUCGAGGUUCUGGCAAGGUGGUGGUCCGACGAUUGAUCAGUGCCUUACCUCGUUCUUGGGCGGAUCCUCGCGUACACUACACGUUGAGUACAUUCCAGCGCAGAACGCCCGCGAAAGUCUCUUCCUUGAAUUCCUGACCGAAGCCAAUGUCUCGUCUCCCGAGCACCGCGCGCGAUGCAUGUCGACGCACCGCUGGGUCACGGAGGUCCCUGCCUCCGUCUCCACAGCGGAAGGCCCAAUCCCUUCUUCCGCUUCUACUAUUUCCACCGCCUCUUCGCCUCCUCCGCAGGUGUCAUCCCCAACGCAGCGUGCCGGUCGCCAUGUUCCCGCUCGUUCCCCAUCGGCUCCUCAGCAACGGGCAAGGACAUCUUCUCCAGAGCCCUCGGCACGCAGAGCAUCCACAAAGCGGACCGGCGUCGAGAAGUGUCUAGAGAAGGAGAAGGUCGGCAAGAGCUCGGGCGUGGGCUCAACCGCGGGGAGAAGGGUGGCUUCUGCUCGCAAGAAGGCGGCCAAGACUUGCUCUAUGAGUCCUGUACCAGAGGCAGGCGGUCCCGCUCAGGCUGUCUUGAAGCUAAGGGCAACACGUCCCCGCAGGAGUUACAAGUACUGA